CAGCUGUCAGCCGCCCAGGAUGGCCAAAAAUCGCUCUCUUAUUCUCCUCCUCCUCCUCCUCCUUCAGUCUUCCCCUUUUCUCCGAUAAAGAAAAAUAUCCAACGCCAGGAACUCCUCCACUGAGAGAAAGAAUGUCACAAGAAAUUUGCAGGAAAUUAUCAGACAACCGAACAAACCUCCUCCUAAUCCCCUCUUCCAUCUCCAUAUAAACAAACAGAAACCUCGAUCUCUCUCUCAUCUCCAUCUCUCCCUCUCCACAACAAUUAAUACCAACCAUGAGCGUUGAAGACUCCUUGAGAUCUCUCUCUCUCGACUAUCUCAACCUCCUCAUCGACGGCCAGGCCUUCAGCGACGUAACCUUCAGCGUCGAGGGCCGUCUCGUCCAUGCCCACCGCUGCAUAUUGGCGGCCAGAAGCCUCUUCUUCAGGAAGUUCUUCUUCAGUCCGGACACGGCGGACCCGUCUAGAGUGAGAUUCGUGUCGCCGUCGGCUAGGGGGUCAAGUCUUCCAGUGAUACCGGUGAAUUCGGUGGGCUACGAGGUGUUCUUGCUGAUGCUGCAGUUUCUGUACAGUGGCCAGGUUUCGGUUGCGCCCCAGAAGCAUGAGCCCAGGCCUAAUUGCGGCGAGAGAGGCUGCUGGCAUACGCAUUGCACCGCUGCCGUUGAUCUUGCUCUCGACACCCUUGCUGCCGCUAGAUCCUUCGGGGUUGAACAGCUCGCGUUGCUUACUCAGAAGCAAUUGGAAAGCAUUGUGGAGAAGGCCUCAAUUGAGGACGUUAUGAAAGUUCUCAUAGCUUCAAGAAAGCAUGACAUGCACCAGCUUUGGUCUACUUGUUCCCAUUUAGUCUCAAAAUCUGGCCUCCCACCAGAAAUCCUAGCCAAGCACCUCCCCAUCGACGUCGUUGCCAAGAUCGAGGAGCUCCGAUCAAUCGCCCGCCGAUCCCUAAUCACCCACCACCACGACCCCCGUGAUCUCACCGCCACAGCUGACCUCGAAGACCAGAAAAUUUUCCGAAUGAGACGAGCACUAGAUUCGUCUGAUGUCGAGCUCGUCAAGCUCAUGGUCAUGGGGGAAGGCCUGAAUCUCGACGAAGCAUUGGCACUACAUUACGCCGUUCAGAAUUGCAGCCGAGAAGUGGUGAAAGCCUUGCUGGAGCUAGGCGCUGCAGAUGUUGACUACCCGGCCGGGCCGACGGGGAAAACGGCGCUUCAUAUUGCGGCCGAGAUGGUGUCGCCAGACAUGGUGGCCGUGCUUCUGGACCAUCAUGCCGAUCCAAACGUCAGGACCAUUGAUGGAAUCACUCCUCUCGAUGUUCUUCGAACCCUAACUUCGGACUUUCUAUUCAAAGGGGCCGUGCCGGGAAUAAUCCUUAUAGAACCCAACAAGCUCAGGCUUUGUUUGGAGCUGGUUCAAUCUGCAGCAAUGGUGAUUUCUCGUGAAGAAGGGAGUGGCAACAAUGGCGCCUCUUCUGCGCCAAUUUAUAAUCCUUCAAUGGCUGAUGAUCGUAACAGUAGCAGUAGCGGCGGCGACGUCAGUAAUCUUACCCUAAAUCCGAGAAUGGCUUAUCUCAAUAUGCGUAGUCCAGCUCGAAUUAGGGUAAAAAUGGAUGAAGGAGAAGAAAGAGGCCACAACAAUCAGAGGGAAGCCAUGAAUCUUCUUGGAUCACAAGCUAGCUGUGACCCCUCCUUGUACCGGCACCCUCACGAGGCUUCAACGGUGGAUCAUAUUGAAUGAGAUGAACAAUCGAGAAGGGGUUUGCUCAUGCGAUAAGACAAGGAGAAUCUAAGUUUUGCAGUGGAUGGAAAUGAUGCACAGGUCAAUCUUUUCAAUCCCCGGCCUAACACUAUCUCCUUUUGUAUUUAUUGGGAUAUAUCUAAUGUAAUAUUGGACUAUUUCAUGUGACCAAUUAUUUUCUUGUCCCCCACCCACCUUUCAUGGCAUAAAGGGAACACAACUAAUUUAGUUAAUAAUCAAUUCAUAACCUUUAAGUGUGAAUGAAAAAUUUAUUUACGUGCAUGCACAUGAGAAUAAUUAAUG